AUGGAAGAGCCUCUCGAAAUUCAUGACGAGUUUGAAGCAGCUCCUGAAUCAGCAAUUGAUCCGGCAGAAGAUCUUCGAGAUCUCUCAUCAUUUGAUAAUGUUGUCGACAAACAAUAUCUCAAUAUCAUAGAUGCCGCAAGAAAUUAUUUGAAGAAGUUGUUGAAAUUAUCAGGUGUCUCUUCCAAUGAAAUUACAGAUAUUGUAAAAUCUUUUAAUACCUAUUUGAAUAGUCCAAACAUUUUCGCAGAUCAAAUGCUCUCUGAUGGAAAUUAA